ACAGUAUUUGCAGUGAACAGUUCGUGUUUAAUCCUAAAGUUUAAUGAUAUUCCGUCUUUUUCCCUAUCUUACCAGUCAUGCGAAAGUCUGGAUUUCUUGCAUUUAAUUGAAAAUGAUAAUGUCUUCCGCCCGCAUCUCUGGUGCUCUUGUGAGGCUGCUGUCUAAUCAUGCCUCGAAGAUCGCGCGAUAUUGCGCAGCGGUGCCAGUCUUGAAUGCGCGCAGUCUCCGCACCUCCCAACUCGUCAAUGCUGCCAAAGGUUCGCAGAUCGUUGCAUGGUAUGCGUGUGGAAGCUGGAAUUCUAUGAAGCUGGAAUUGGCCCAGUAUCGUGGGGUCGCUGCUUCUGGUUAUUUUGGUCAUAAAUGGAACGUGGAAACCUUUUCGACUUCUGCGGCUUAUUCGUUUUUCAGUAUCCGCAGCAAGGAGCGUGAAUUAUACGAAUUGAAAAUUGUUUCGAAUAAGUUGGAGCACAAACAUAAAGUCGCAGAAUUGGAACAUGAAGUUGCAGAAUUGGUCCACAAAAUAAAAAUGCAAGAAAUGGAGCAUUAUUAUCAACUGAAAGAGCUGAAUACGAAAUAUCUGAAUGCCGCGCAUAAACUUCACAUACGUGGGACGAUGGAUGAAUUAGAAAAGAAAUGGAAAGAAAUAAUCAUCAAAUAUAAUCUUACUAAGCUCCCACCAGGGAAAAUCAACCGGGAGGAGCUCUGGACGCAUUUCAUGAACGAGUCUUACUUUACAGCCCUGCUGACUAAUGUAAGGGGGGAUGACGGUGAGCCUCUGUUGAACGAAAAUUCACAGACAUAUAAAGAUCUGCCUAAGAUCGUAUCCAAAAUCUACACCCGUAUGAGCAGUGAGAUCUACACCCGGUGCUGCACCGGUACGUUUGUGUCCAUUUACGCAGGGUUGUCUUGUCGAGACGAAAAUAUUGUGGAGGUGAUUUGUCGACUCCUGCCAGUUAAUUUCGAAGUCUAUCGUGGCGGGAAGCUGCAGCAACCAACUAGAUACCACUCGAUUGUGGACCAAGAUCUACAAAGAAUAUGCAGGGAACUGUAAAGCUGAAUGAGCGCUUCGCUGUGUAAAGUCAUCCAGCCAGCCAGCUGCAGCCAGCCUGCAAGAUUUAGGGGUGUAUAUAAUGAUCAGAUGAAUGAGACCAAUAAAAAGAGUGAAGCCCAACGUUCAGCAGCGAUCAAGGAAAACGAUCACGAAGAAAAAAUGACCAGUGCCCAGAAAGAACAGGAAAUAGAUCAAAGGUGGAACGAAGAUGAACUGAAGCUGCUGAUAAAGGCUGAAGCUGCUGGUCUUUAUCCGGCUGGCACUGGCAACCGAUCGAAAGUCGUUGUGCAGUACAUCCACUGACAACUGUUUAUCGAGGGGAAUCAGGGGAUCACAAACGAGAAUGUGCUGCAACAAUGGGAUGCCACAUAUGUGAAGGCUAAAAGAGACAAAGUGAACGCAUCAGCAAAAGACCCAAAGCUGUGAUCAGGCAGCUGAACAAAAAUCGUUUGAACAAGCCUUGAAGAAACGAUGCUCCGUUUGACGAUUCCUUGCAGUCCCCGCAUCAGAUCCAGCACGGUGGGAUAAUGUUGUUAAGGAAUUGCAAACGCAAUCGAAAGAGGAAUGCGAAGAACGCUAUAAGGAACUGGUGGAUAAGACCGAAGCUCAAACAGCAGCUGCUUCGGCAGCUAAAUAACGAUUAGCUGUGAUUACGAGUACAUUUGUGAUUUGCGAUAUGAAUUGAUUGUCAGAGGGUGUGGUUAUUAGUGGUUUAGCAGGUCUUCAGUGUGCAAUCACAUUCACCGAUCUGUCACCUAUUCAGUGCUUGGUGUGUAAACGGGCAUCGUUGCUUUUUGAGUGUUUCUGCCGUCAGCGUCGUUUGACGAUUAUCAUGGCAGAUUUACUACUCCCAAAGUGAAACCGCAGCAGAGAGCCGCUCGUGGUGUUUUUAUGAUUAAAGUCGUAUUUUGAGCCUGAGACUGUUUUGAGCGCAAUUCCCAUGGUAUCGAAUGCUAGUCAGUAUGGUAGCCAUGAGAAAAUGUCCGGAUGUUUGUAUGGAUUCGCCCAGAAUGGCGGAUUGUUGGUAUUCAGUCGGACGUAUGGAGAGUUCCACCAGCUGCCUGUUCCGAUGGUGGCGUCGUUGAACGGUGUCCAUGAUUAUCUGGCCGAAGAGCAAACAGAGUUGCUGUCCUUCGAAGCCAGUGGGAUGGUAUACGUAUGGCGCCAGUGCGAGUGCCUAAAGUUUAUCCUCGUUACCAAUGUGAUUUUUCCCGACGGUGAGAAGCGUGAUAUCGCGCUUCUGCUGGACUUUGUGUGGCUAAUCUUGGUGGCCAGUGUUGGAGAGAAGACGUUGAACGCCUGCCAGGAUGUAGAUGUUUUGAGGCGUUAUUGUGCGCAUUCGGCGCAGAAUAUUGAUGUGGUUAUGGACGCCUUUCUCGGAUGCGAAGACUUCGGUCUUGCGAUCUCACUCGGUUCCGCCUUAUUUGCAUUUCCAUCUGGGCCGGCUAAUCUCCGUAACGCGGUGGACUCGUUCUGCGCGGACUUGUCCAUUUCCCACUGUGCGAUCCUGAUAAAUGACCGCAUUGCCAUGUUAUCGACUGGUCUGUCUUCCUUUUCCUCCUCGGAUCUCAUUUUGUUAGCUCUCAACGCCGUUACUACCCCAACGGCCGAUAUUAUCUUUGAACGCCCAUUGUUCUUCCCUCAUUUUUCCCCGAAUUUAGCGUACCGUUUAGUCGUGGUACGCUUAGCAUCGACCGUUAGCGUAGCCUUCUUAGCCGGCGCGGAUUUCCAUCUAGACGCGACUGUCCAGGGCAGAAUUGAUGCAUUUUGGCGGAAUGAAGUGGAACUGGUGCGGCGAUUAGUGGAGCUGGUGCCCAAGUACCUUCCCGCGGCUGUAGAACAGCAGUUGCCGCAGAGUCUUUUGGGAUUAUUACUAUGGAAUACAGAGAGCCGGCGGUAUUUAAUAUCGCCGGUAUGGCCCGCCGUUACCGUCGAACGGACCAAAGAGCGGCGGAAGGAUUUGAUUAAAUUUUAUCGGAUGGUGGAGUAUUUGCUGCGGAAGAGUGCCGAAUUGAAAAGCCCUCCAGUUCGCGAUGUUUACAGGAAUUUCGAAGAGAGAAAAUGCUACUGUAUUUGUCGGGGAAACUAUCAUUUGUAUGCUAUGUUUGAUGCCGGCGAGCCGCAACAUAGUUUGCGACAUAUAUGUGAAAUUAUCCUGACAUUGUGUACCAAACGCAAUUCAGCACAACUUCUUUAGUCAGUUUUUACUGCACAAUGAAAAAUUACAGAACUGUUAUAAUGUGUUUUUAUAUAUUUACCGGUUAGUCGCGAACAAACGUCGUGCAAUAAGCAGAGAAAGCUGCCAGCAAAAAAAGAGUACC